AGCAUUAUGUUUUGAGACCGUUUGGAAGAGGACAAUAAAAAUCCUUGGCAUUGAAAGCCAUUCUGAAAUUGCUGUGGUACCAGUGGAACUGAGCGCUGCCGAGGUGGGUCAGCACUGGAGUACAGCAGUUUGUUGGAGUGGUACAAGGAGACUGAUUGGUAUGGCCAAACCAUAGCACUUCAGUACAGAGAUGCAGCUAGUUUGUGCUGUUUCAGUACAAACACUGCAGCUAGAUAAAAUGUUCUCGAGCAGCUUCUGCUGUUUGAAGUGCCCAGUUAGAUAUCACUGUGCUGAUAGCCUAAAUUGUAGCUUUGAGCAGCUUUGAGUGUCUUGGAUAGGUUUACAUAGCAAAUACCAGCAGUAGAAAGGCUGCAGUGUCAAAGAUCCCAGCAGCAUACUCAGCCUUGCUUAGCUCUAGGGUUGCUGCCCAAAGCCUGCUCCUGCCUGCAGCUUGACUUGCCUGGUACUGAGAGUGUUUGAGCCAGACCAGGAGCAGAGCACCUGGUGCUGUAUCUGUGCCCUAGCAAGGUUACUGUGACAGAUUCAAGUGCUUUGUUUGGAUAUUGGGUGACUGAACUGUACCACCUGUCUGGAGUUACUCCAGGCCAGCUCUGGGGUUUCUCAGUGUGGGAAAACUUGCAAGUUUUCAUUUGCUCCUUCCUGGUUUGAAGGACUUUGUGCAUUAACUGUAUUUGUUCAAGGAAGAAAUGAAGGUACCUGGAUUCUCAUGGUGACUCUAGCAUAGUGAGGAGAGCAGUGGAAGAAGCAUGAAGUCUUUUUCUUAAUUCUUCAGAGCCUGAAGGAUUUGGAAAGUUGGUGUCAUCUGAAGGACUAUCUUAUUAGUUUGUUAAAAAUUGGUUAGACUCUAUAAUUUCUGGCAAAAGCAUAAGAUGAAGUAGCAGAUACACUGCUGAAAUUUUAUAGUGUACCUUGAAAUGACAGUUGUUCCUGGUCAGUCAAGGUGUAGCAUAAAAACUACAGAUUUUGAUAAUGACCGCCAUAUAAGUGGAGAAAGCUGUAUAGGAAAUGUAUUUUUAGAAUAAAUAAAAACCACAGUUAAAACAUUGAAUAAUUUACAGGCACUUAAACUGGACUUAAACUGCUUACAAUUAGACAUGGACUUGCUAUCUUUUUGUUUUCUUGUAUGAAUAAGUCCUGGUAUUUCUUGUGAUGCCAGAAAACCCUGUGUAAGAUGCUGACCUUCACAGAGUAAGUUAAGGACUGACUGUGGCAGGAAGGCUGAGCCAGUAAUUGGCAUUACUGCAGACAUUACUAUUUUCCAUAGUACAGUAGUUGAACUAUAAAAUACUUUUCCUAGGCUUCUCAAUGUGACUUUGCCAAAUGAAGGCAAAAGACAGUUAUUUAAAAGAUGAAUCCAAAAAAUCGUCUCUUUUAGGGCUGUAGCAAGAGGACUUCUGAAGUUUCUAUGUGGCUACUUACUUAAAAUUAUGAAGGAGGAGCUAGAGCAUGGAUAGUUGAGGGAGUUUUAUUUUCCUAUUCUCUUAGCUGGCUUUUUAAAUUUUUGUAAAAAGAAGUAGCAAUUCAUUAAUAAUUAGCAUCAUUAAAGUUUCUUAGGUGUUUCCUCUGAACCUCUAGAAUAUACAAAUAAUGUUCUAGAUUUGGCAGCAAAAGUUCAAGAAUCUUUUUCCCUUGCGAAACUGAUGUUUAUUGCUACUGAGAUAUUCCAUUUAUUUGUCUCACAUACAGUUGUCCAUUUGAACUGGUGUUGGUGUUACCCCCAGUGGGCUGAUUCAUGCAGCUCCAGUCUCAGGGGAGUGCAGCUGGGCAGCGUUUCCUUCUCUCUGUGGUGUGCGUGCUACUCGUCAUCCUCCUCUUGCAGCCCUUCCUGUGGUUAUGUAUGACUGUACUUCUUUUGCUGUUUCCUGUGCCUAACACAUGGAAAUGGCUCACCAGGUUAUGCAGUCUGUUUUGGAGGGAAAAUUCCUGUUCUGAUGAAAAUUGAGGGUUUAUAAUACGCGUUCCUUUAGCUGUGCCACUAAGUUGCAUUUUAUUUCCUUUGAGGAUUAGGAUCAGGAAGUUGUUUCCGGGUGUCACCACCUGGCUGCAAGUCCUCCCAGAAGUUCAAGUUGGAUAGUUUGGUACAGGAUGUUCCUCUGAGUUGGAUGUGUGCCUUCCUACCUUGAAGCUACCCAUUACUCAUGCCUGUUGGCUUGCAGUGGCCUGGCCAUACUGAUUAGUGUCUUUAUAAUUUUCUGUGAGUGCUUGUACAGAAGAUUCAUUUGAACUGCAGCUUGCAUACCACCUUUUUUUCCUGUCGAAGUAAUACCUGCUUGAGAGUUUUGUGUUAAUUAUGACAGCUUCUUGUUGUUCUUUGUAGUUUUUUAGUAUUGAAUUAAUUUAUUUGUGGUUAAAGUCUUGUAUGUCAGGGCCCUUGUUUCUGGGCAGGAUGAAUUUCUUCUUGCAUCCUUCACACUUGCUUUCAAUUGAAAGGAUUUUUUUGGCUACAUUUCAGGAAAUUGUUGCCACUUUACAAAGAAUGUGAUGAUGAAAAUUAUCUUAAGCUCUUAAGGAAGCAAUAAAAGUGUUUGUGCUUUCUGUGAAAGAGUUUGAGAUAUUUUUAAGUGUGCAUUUUCUAUAUGUUGCACUUUAAAAGAACCAGUGCAUCCAGUUCAAAACUCUACUUAACACAUGUAUUUCCAAGAAGGGCCUGCAAGAAUAUGGGUCUUCAUAAAAUAAGCUUGCCUUCUAGGUUUUUUGAAAUUUAUUUUCUUUUUGAUAUCAUUGUCAUCAUUGUCCUCGUUUCUAAAGUUCAGACUCCUCAUUGCUUCUUUCUGAAUUUGUGCUUUAACUUCAUGCUACGAAUGCUUUCAUUUAGUAACUUUUCAUUAACUUCCUUUUUCAUAGUAUGCACUAUUAUGUUUUUGGUUAUUUUGCUGAGAAGACAGUAGUACCAUAUUCUAUUUCCCUGCCAAAAAAAAAAAAAAAUCUAUGUAAAACAGAUACUGGUGAAUAAACCUGUGGUUAAGGAAACUUUUUCUGAUUUUUCUUUUCUUUUCCUUUUAGUUCCUGGAAUGGAUGGUGGUGGGUUAGCUGAUGCUAAUCUAACGGAUUCAUACUUUAGCACCAGCUUCAUUGGUGUUAAUGGAUUUGGAAGUCCUGCUGAAACGAAGUAUCCCAUGAUGCAGAGGAUGACAAAUAGCAGCAGCUCCCCUAGCCUUCUUAAUGACAGUGCCAAGCAGUAUGCAGGCCAUGAUCCACUAACUUCACCAAAUUCAUCCUUGUUUAAUGACUUUGCUGCCCUCAGCGUGUCUCAAAGGAGGAAGCUGGCAAAACCAGCAUUUCCUUCGUUUAUCACUGACUUGGAGGACAGAUAUAAUACAGUCUUGCCCAGGAAGUAUCGACUGGGGAUGCUGGAUGAGAGGAUAGUUCCGGUGGGAUCAAAAGCAAGAAAAUCAAAGAACCCUAUUGGCUGUCUGGCUGACAGGUCUAAAACAGGAGUACCCGUCAAUAUGGUUUGGUGGAACAGAGUCACAGAAAACAAUUUACAGACACCAAAUCCUUCUGCAAGUGAGUUUAUUCCUAAAGGAGGAUCAACCUCCAGGCUGAGUAAUGUAUCCCAGUCAAGUAUGUCUGCCUUCUCUCAAGCCUUGUUCUCUCACCCCUCCAUGGGAAGUCCUGCUACUGCUGGCUUAGCACCAGGAAUGUCACUGUCAGCAGGAUCUUCUCCUCUUCAUUCUCCCAAAAUAACUCCUCAUACAUCUCCUGCUCCUCGAAGAAGAAGUCAUACUCCUAACCCAGCAAACUAUAUGGUGCCUACUAGUGCCUCUGCGUCUGUCGCUAACGCUGUCUCUCAGCCUCCAUCUACUGGCCAGGUGAUCCAGAAGGAAACAGUGGGUGGAACAACAUACUUCUACACUGAUACAACUCCAGCACCUCUCACAGGAAUGGUUUUUCCAAACUACCACAUCUACCAUCCAGCUGCACCGCAUGUUGCUUACAUGCAGCCAAAAGCAAAUGCACCUUCCUUCUUCAUGGCAGAUGAGCUCAGACAGGAACUCAUCAACAGACACUUAAUAACUAUGGCCCAGAUUGAUCAGGCUGAUAUUCCUGCAGUUCCUGCGGAAGUGGACAGCUACCACAGUCUCUUUCCUUUGGAACCACUGCCACCGCCCAAUCGGAUACAGAAAACAAGCAACUUUGGGUACAUUACAUCGUGCUAUAAAGCUGUAAAUAGUAAAGAUGACCUGCCAUAUUGCCUUCGGAGGAUACACGGUUUUCGUCUUGUUAACACAAAGUGCAUGGUAUUGGUUGACAUGUGGAAAAAGAUUCAGCACUCAAAUAUAGUAACUUUGCGUGAAGUGUUUACCACUAAAGCUUUUGGAGAACAUUCGCUAGUGUUUGCAUAUGAUUUUCAUGCUGGAGGAGAGACUAUGAUGAGCAGACACUUCAAUGACCCUAGUGCUGAUUCCUAUUUCACAAAACGGAAAUGGGGUCAGCAUGAUGGACCUCUGCCACGGCAGCAUGCGGGGUUACUUCCAGAGUCCUUGAUAUGGGCGUAUAUUGUGCAGCUCAGCUCUGCCUUACGGACCAUUCACACAGCAGGACUGGCGUGCAGAGUUAUGGAUCCAACGAAGAUUCUGGUAACAGGCAAAACAAGGUUACGAGUUAAUUGUGUUGGAAUCUUUGACGUUUUGACAUUUGACAACAGUCAAAAUAAUCCACUGGCAUUAAUGGCUCAGUUUCAGCAAGCAGAUCUGAUCUCCCUGGGGAAAGUUGUGUUGGCUUUGGCUUGCAAUUCUUUAUCAGGAAUUCAGAGAGAGAAUUUGCAGAAAGCAAUGGAACUGGUGACAAUCAACUAUUCCUCUGAUCUGAAGAAUCUGAUUUUGUAUUUGCUGACCGACCAAAACAGGCUUCGCAGUGUAAAUGAUAUCAUGCCUAUGAUUGGUGCACGAUUCUAUACUCAGUUGGAUGCUGCUCAGAUGCGAAAUGAUGUUAUAGAAGAAGACCUAGCUAAGGAGGUGCAAAAUGGAAGGUUGUUUAGGCUUCUAGCAAAAUUGGGAACAAUCAAUGAGAGGCCAGAGUUUCAGAAGGACCCAACGUGGUCAGAAACUGGAGACAGGUAUUUACUAAAGCUCUUUCGAGAUCACCUUUUCCAUCAGGUGACAGAAGCGGGUACUCCUUGGAUUGACCUCAGUCACAUUAUCUCAUGUCUUAACAAGUUAGAUGCUGGUGUGCCAGAAAAAAUAAGCCUCAUUUCCAGAGAUGAGAAGAGUGUACUUGUGGUAACUUACAGCGAUUUAAAACGCUGCUUUGAAAAUACUUUUCAAGAACUGAUUGCAGCCGCAAAUGGUCAGUUGUAGUAUUUGCUGAAGGCAUGCAGGACAUUGCUGAGGAACUUAACCUAUAGCAAAUUGCACUACAGCUGAAUUGUUGUUGUCAUCUCAUUUCACAUUUGGGAAACAAACAGGAGAUGAGCAAAGCUGCUUGCACUUCAGUCAGGUACACUGUUACUUGAAGGGAAGAAUGUUUCACUUAUCCUAGAGCUAAGGCUGCCAUUGGAGGCUUUAUCUGUGAAGAAUUUAUUUUAGAUUAAGGAACACAUCAGGUGCAUGAUGUUCCUACUUUUAUUUUUUCCACUUGUAUAUGCACUAAUUUUAAUUUUUUUAAGACUUUUCUGAUCUCUGAAGUUUUGCCACAUUGUAUACUUAAGGGAAAAUCUUUGCAAGGACAUUUCUGGGAUACAUUUUUGUCACUGAGGAUAUAGCAAAAUUUAUUCAUUUUUGAUAUUAUUUGCACCCAGAAUAGCAUAAAGGACCAGGUAAAUAAUUUAAUAGAAAUUGUGUUCUAUUAAUGACCGUUUAGUUCGUAACCUGUAAAAGUGUGUUGUAUGCAAGCUCUGUAUGCCACCCACUGUUAGCUCAAAGAAAUGUGAGAAGAAACAACUUUUUAAAACCAGUCAAGUGAAGUAUUGGUGAAUUGACCAAAAAGGAAAGAAAGUCCCCUGUCAUUUGAUUUAAAGUUUGUCUAAGCGAAGUGACGAAUACAGCAUAACGGGAAACAUCUUUAAUUUAAGGAGCAUAUCAAACGUGCUCUAAACACAACCAGCGCCUUUUAAAAACUGUUUGUACAUUUUCCUGGUAGUCAGAAGCAUUUACAUUUAUGCAAUUUUUUUAAUAGAUUUUUUUUUUAAAGAAAUUGUUUAAAUGCCUGAAGUUUCAGGAGUGUAUUACUUUAGGUUAUUUACAGUAUAAUUUUUGUAUAAAGUUCUGUUCUUUGAACCACAGCUUUAUUAUGGUACGCUACACUGGAUACAGAUACAAAGACACUGUUAAAAGAAGAUUAACUAAACACAGCAGUUGUCUGGCAUCAAGAGCUUUUCAAGUUUUACGGCCUGAAUCUGGAGGGAUAAUGAUCUGCUGUGCCUUUGCAGUCACUGCUUAGCCCAAAGUAAUAUUACUUUUGCUAAUACUCAACACAUGAAUAUUCCUGAAGUAAUUCAGUCUCAAAAGUCUGGAAUUUUGCUCCUCAAUUACCUUUCUAAUUUUUGGACAUGCAGUUGUCUCCAAACUUGGGUAUUCAUGGGAUUUCUAGUUAAACACCUACACUUUGAUACUGAAGACUGCCAAAUAUGUAGGAAUUUCCUUUCUUAAAGCAGUAGUGAAGACUGUAUCUAUCCUUUCCCAGCACUGAAUGUUUUAAUAGCACUGGGUGCUCACCAUGAAGAAAAUGUGGAAACUCAAAAGGUCAGGACAGACUCUAAGCACUUGCAACUGAUGUUACUGACAUCAAUUUUAAUAAUUCUCAAUAUUUGUAGUUUUCAGAGAAGUUUUUAAUAUUUCUCUGUCCACUUUUAUAAGCUUUAAAAUGAUUCUCCGCCGUGAGACUUGCAUCAAGAAAAAAGCAACUCUCUUCACAUCGAAAGCUUUGAAGACUAGGGACAUGCUUUACACAUUUUAGAAAAUGUGGUUGAAUCCACAUUAAGUAGCAUCAGUUGUUGAGUUUAAAAAUCAAUUAUUGUUGCAAUUUUAAAAGGAACAUAAUGUUUAAUAUUCAAACGAUAACAGUUGCCAGAAUGUUCUUUUUAAUAUAAAAGGAACAGGAACUUUGAAAAGUGAACAUGCAGAACAGUCUUUUAUCAUUAGCUCAUGUAUUUGAGGAAGAGCAGCUGUCUUUUCUAUGUUUUUUGACAAAUCAUAUUGUAAUUCUUUUGUACAAAAAAAAGAAGUACUUGUAUUCUAGAAGAAAUAUGGAAUGCUUAAUUUAUAAGCGGGCUGAGGUUUUUUCCAGUAUUGUUUUCUUUGAAAAUGAAAGGGGAUCAUCUGUUCAGUUGUGGGGUUUGGGAACCUUUGAAAAUUUAAUUUGUGGACCAAUAUUUUGUGGAAGUGUAAGGCAGGGGUAAAAUAGGGCUUGAACUCUCAUCCUUUUUUAGACCAGCACACCCUCUGCAAGACAUGUCUAAAUUGCAAACCUGUGUGUAUUUGCAUAAUGUCAGUUUGCUUCAGCCCCUAGUAACCUCAGGACUUGGUUUAAAAAUAAAAAGAUAGACAGCUAAUAAAUUUUCAUACAUAAUGUCAGGCAGAAAAUAUUUGGUGUCAGGUAAUACAUAAAAUUUUUUAAAAGUUAAGAUUUGUUUUCUAUUUAUUUUAUUUGGUCUGUAUUUGGGAAUGAUUUGAACAGUCUGAAGUUCACCUUGGGUGUUUUUUUGGGGAGAGCCCUUCUACCCCAUUUUAAUUCCAUUUAGAAGGUUGUCCUAAAGUUGUAGUUUGAUCCAUUCAUAGGAAGAACUGUGUAUCUGUAUUUAAAAGAAGAGUCACCAGGAUGUGCCCUCCCAGAUGGGAAAUAUAUUUCUGACCUUCCUAUUUUUUACAGCUAAAAGCACAGAAGGGACAACCUUUGAAAUCAUCUGAUGUUGGUCAUUUUAAUUUUUGUACCUGUUUUAAAUUCUGUUGCUGUAUUUACUAUAUUGUAAAUAUUUUGUUGAGGGUACCUAUGUAUUUUUGAUUUGCCCUUGUUUCAGUAAUUCAGGUGUCAACUGCUUCCCCUAAAAAGCACCAGUAUGUUAAGUUCUAAUGUCAUGAUCCCAGUAUGUGUUAUUCAUCUUUAAUCCUGUUUUCAUUGUUCAUGUGUACAGCAGUAUUUUUAAUAAAGAAUACCAGAAGUAACAUGG